GUGUUGAAGGACACCAGUUGCUGUAGUUGCUGUAGUUGUUGUAGUUGCUGUAGUUUCCAUAGUAACCGUGUUGCUCUGUGUUGAAGGACAGAUCCUCCUCAGCUUGACGCCUUCAUCAUGGAUAAAGCUCUGCUGGACUACGAAGUUUCCAUCGACGCCGACUGUAAACUGGCAACCGUCGGAAAACCGUUCGCCAUCGAAGGUUACGGUAUCGGUCUUCCUCAGAACUCCCCUCUGACCUCCAACAUCUCAGAGUUCAUCAGCAGAUAUAAAUCAGAGGGCUACAUGGAUCUGCUGCACGACAAGUGGUACAAAGUGGUUCCCUGUGGGAACCGAGUGUUCGCCGUCACCGAGACUCUUCAGAUGGGGAUCAGUCACUUCUCUGGACUCUUCGUGUUGUUGUGUGUUGGAGUCGGCGGAGCGUUGCUGACUCUGGCAGGUGAACACGGUUUCUACCAACUCGUCCUUCCGCACAUCCGCCGCCGUCAGAACCUCAAAUACUGGCUGCACACCUCACAGAAAAUCCAUCGAGCUCUGAACAUGACGUAUGAAGACGUGAAGAGGCAGCGAGCUGAGAAAGAGAAAAGCUGUAACCUGCAGAAGCCCCCACCGGGCCCCCCCGCUCCGCCGGCCCCCGGCGCGUCGGCCAAGUGGAACAACGAGGCCACUAAGGACGCUGCUGCUGCCGCCGUUAAGGACGUCCGAGACUUCAAACGAGUCCAGUUCAACCUUGAGACCCUCAACACCCGCCGCCUGCUCGCCCGCAUUGCCGCUUCUGAUGCCAAGGGAGGCGGGGCCAAAUCUGAGGCUCAGGGACCAGCCAAGCCGAGGGCGGGGCCAAACAGUAGACUGUGUGAGAACGGAGGACCGGCGGCUUCGCUUGCUAGCCUGGUGCUCUCCUUACCCUCAUCAUCCCCAUCUUCUGCUUCCUCCUCUGGCCGACCCAAUACCUCUGCUCCCCCUGUAGCUGUAGCCCCUCCCCCUGAAUCUGUAGCCCCGCCCCAAGUCGCAGUGGCCCCGCCCCCUGCAGCAGUAGCCCCGCCCCAGCCUGGCGAACUGCAGGAGCUGCAGGAACAGAUCGACCAGAUGAGGGAGAAGCUGAGGACGGCUCUAGCCAGGAGGGCCGAGAUCCAGACCACUCUGGCCAAACCUGUUGCCACAGUGACCAACAACCCGUCUCCAGUUACCACGACGACAACAAAUACUACAACAACGACAGGAGCGCCGCCCAGCGCCCCGCCCACCAUCGCCCCGGUAACGACCUUCCCUGCCAACACGAAGUGUGUGACGACCAUGACGGACCCACCUCACAAAGUCCUGUCCAAAGUCCGGCCCCUCCACAGCAGACUGACCAAUCAGAGGAGGUGAUGCUCUCCGUACAGGUCACAUGACCCUCUCCACACGGCGGCUGUUUUAAACUGCUGAGUGGAAAAUAAAUCAGGGUUUUAUUUUUAAAUGGCAAAGUAGAGCACUAAGAACAAAGUCAUUAUUACAUCACACACAGCAGGAUGUGACAUCAUGCAUGACGGAGACUUUUAAUACAACAACACAAUAAGACCUUUAACUUCCUGUUUAUGUUCCACCUCAUCUGACGGACCAACUGUUAGUUAGUAGCUACAGACGAUGAUGUUACCGUGAUCAAUAAAGACUAAGGUCACCUUGAAUACAA